UUCACACCCGGAAGCACUGCACGCUCCCGCACUCGCCUCUCUGCUGCCUUCCUCUGGCACACGGGAGUUUAACUUCUCCCUCCACAUGGGUAACUUACUGUUAACCGUUCGGUAAUAAUUGAUUUGGGUGGACGCCAGGCUCGGUGAAUUCUUUUUACGGUGCCGUUAGUGAAGACUGAGCAGCGCGUGUGCAGACAGCAGUCCCAUCCUCGCCGUCACACAGUGACAUUGACAUAUCUGUAGUGUUGUGCUGCCGUACACAAGUUAAUGUGUGGACAGUAAAACGGUCUGCUCCGGCGCGCUUCUCUUGCUGUUCCCCCUGGCUUCAGUCACAAUGAGCGAAUACUUCAGCCUGUCCGACAGUGAUGUUAUCGGCUUCGACCUGGACCACACGCUCUGCCGCUACCAUCUGAAGGAGACCUCCAGGCUGAUCUAUGAGAGCUUUGCAAGGUACCUGGUGGAGCAUAAAGGCUAUGACAAGGACCUACUGAACCUAACCCCUGCUACUUGGGAUUUCUGCUUUAAAGGGCUAGUGGUGGAUCUGGAAGAUGGAAACCUUGUGAAGCUGGCUGAAGAUGGAACUGUGUUGCGAGCGACCCAUGGAACCAAUGACCUCAGCACAGAGGAAAUCAUCAAACAUUAUGGUCCAAAAAGGGAGUGGAAACAUUUCAACAGCCUCAAUACCUCCUUCACAAGAUCUGCAAAAUACUAUUUCUAUGACAACUACUUUGACCUCCCUGGGGCUCUCCUCUGUGGAAGAGUUGUGGACAUGUUGCAUAAGCGAGGAAAUGAGGUGAAUUCCGAUUUUUGGAAAGACAUGGUUGCUGCCAUCGACCACAAUUACAACACAUCUGCAUUCAAAGAGGAUGCAGGGACGUACUUCCCCAGUGUGAAGAGGGACCCAACCCGCUACCUGCAGCCCUGCUCUGACUCCGUCAAGACCUGGCUGCGCAGCAUGAAGAGUGCUGGGAAGGUCCUCCUCCUCAUCACCAGCUCCCACAGUGACUACUGCAGGCUUAUCUGUGAACACAUCCUGGGGAAGGAUUUUGAAGAGCUGUUUGAUGUCAUCAUCACGAAUGCCCUGAAGCCUGGUUUCUUUUCCUUGGUGCCCCAGCAGAGGCCCUUUAGGACCCUUGUCAGUGACGUGGAGGAGAGCGAGGGGCUGCCAUCGCUGGACAAACCUGGCUGGUACUCACAGGGAAACUGGCCUCACCUCCAUGAGCUGCUCAAGACCAUGACAGGAAAACCAGAGCCCAAGGUAGUGUACUUUGGAGAUAGCAUGAGGUCGGACAUGUUCCCUGCAAGUACCUUUGGGAAGUGGGAGACAGUGAUGAUCGUGGAGGAAAUGGAGGGGGAGGGUGUUCCGAAGAGCGACGCCGCAAUGUCCAAUGAGGCCCAAGUAGAGCCGUCGGAGAAAAAGGGAAAGUUUGAGGAUCAGGGCAUGAAGGCCCCCUCUGACGUGUCCAAUCAGUGGGGCUCCUACUUUGUGGACGUACAUAAAAGCGGAGGAGGGGACGAGGAGAGCCAGAAACUGACCUGGUGCUGCCAUUGCAUUCAUAAAUACAGCACCAUGGCCAUCCCUAGUGUGGAGCACAUAGCAGAUCUCCCUCUGGAUUACAAGUUCCUCAGGUUUUCUCCUGACAAGCCCUGCACCACCGGCUACUACCCAAGGCCUCCAGAUUCUUUGCUAAAGAGGUGCGAGAGUUUGUUGUAAAAAAAAAAAAAAAAAAAUCUUCAAAAAAAAAGGAAAAAGUAGAAAAAAAAAUCCUCCCUUACCCCUCUGCCUCAGGAGAGGAAUGUGCCUCCAUUUUUGCCUGUAGUUUCCCACCUGACCCCGCCACCAUCUGUGGAGCACAGGAAGCAUACACUCCUCACCCAUCCAGAGAAACCAUGUGAAUGUAAACCACAGUAUCUCUCUGUAAUAAUGCCUACAUUUGAAUGUUGUUUUGUGGUUUAUUGUACUGUACAUGUGGAAAUAUGACAUAAUAAGUGCGUGUGUGCGUGCGUGUGUGUGUCUGCACACAGUAAUAAUAGGAAAUAUAGUGUUUUUUUAUUGUUUCAUGUGUCAUUUCCAUGGUAACUCUGACUUCUUCUAACUUUUUCAUUCUACCGUCCCCUUACCCCAGAAGUGAUUAGCCACAAGAACGUAUCCACGGUAAGCAUUACCCAGAUGGUUCCAGCAGGGUUUCUGUCAGAUCAGUUUGGUGUGGUUCCAUGAGUUUUGAAAGUUCAUUGUCAUGCACAAAUGGGAGAUGUUCUGGUGAAAUAUUAUUUCCAUUUACUGGGCAUUGAAACUAUUCAUGGAAACAACUGAUACCUAGAGCAUUGAUAUGUGAUGACCUGGGAAUGAGACUCACGUGCUUUCUCUAGAAUUGCUUCCACCACCUUCAACACCAGUUCAGAUUGUGCUUUGAGAGUAUGACUGGAGAGAUUUAAAUAUGUCGUACUUGUGGUGAUUUUAUUGGUAAAAGCACAGUAUUUACUGGAUAGCAGAAACCAUGGGUCUGUUUGUCCCCAAAACUCUUCUGAAUCAUUGUGUCAGUUUUGCUGUAUAACACAGCUAUUGUGAUUUCUUUUUAAAAAUAGUUUUAUUGUAUGCCUUUUAGUAACGUUAACAUGAGGUUAAAGGUCUAAUGUUUCUUCUGUGUGAUUUUCGUAGAGGCUGUUAAUCUUCAGGUCAUUGUUGCUAAUGAACUGGCACAAUGCUGUCCUUUGUGUUGGCUGUUCAAAAAACACAACUUUGGGAAACAGUAAUAAUAAUAAUAAUAAUAAUAAUGAUAAUAAUAAUAAUAAUAAUUAAUGAUGAAGACUAUGCUAGAUGUUCUCUGUAUAAUUUUUGGUGCAACAGUGACCUGUGCUUUUUGAGUGAUUGUGUAAAAAUGUGGACUACUUGUGCUUCAUUCAUAUGCAGUACCAGAUUGAGAUCUGCUUUAGCCGACUUCUGAAUGGUUAUUUUGUCGGUGUGCAUAGACAAAUUGUGUAUUUGUUUGUUGCUGUCAAGUCGCAGAAGAUUGAUUUCUCGUUCAUCUCUGGUGUUUAGCCUUGUGUCGAAUUAAGACCAGGCCACAGUCAAACUGUUUUAUCUUGAUAGCCAGCAAAUGUGUCACAAAGCAAAACCUCCAAAAAGUAACUGUACAAACUAGAGGUCCUCCAUCCUCACCUUGGUCUACAGGAACUGAGAACCAAGCUUGGAGCCCAGCCAUGCCAGUUCCAAAUUAUUAUCAGUCUAAUUGGGUCCAGCUUAGUCGCCAUCCCACUCAUAAGUUAUGGAUCUGCAUGUCAGUACAUCUAAUGUCUAACUAGAGCCAAGCAUAAUAUGUAUGGAUGGGGCCUCAUCUUUUGGUGAAGAUUCUGAUGUACAAAUUUAAGAUUGUGACUCAACACAGCAACAGGACAUUUGAGAUGCUACAUGGUCACCUCAUUCAUGUCAGACUCAAGCAAAGGUUAGCUAACAAGCAUUUAGUCUGAACUAAUAUAAAGAAAGACAGCUAACUCCUUUACCCUUGUUCCAUAUCUGAUUAGCACAGUUAGCUGAUUUAAGGGCAGGGCAGCAGUGGCCUAGUUUGUUAAGGGGCAGGCACAGGAUACAAAUAUAAAUGCCUUUCAUUGGAGUACGCGGUAGGUAGCUUGUACUUACACACCUUGAAUUCCAGUUUGAUAGAAAUCAUGACAUACAUACAUGUUGAUUUUAUUUUAAAGUUUUACAUUAACAAGAUACAACAUGUAAAUUAAACUAGUUUCAAGUUUUUGGGAAGUUUUGAUUGAGUGGGACUAGUUUCUUGGCUAGCUGCUAGCUAGUUUGCUAGCAAGUAUAUGUUAGGCCUUGUGUUAAGCGGCGCGAAACAAGCCGGAUCUGUCUCAAUGCUAUCCACACAAAGAUGAUACUGGUUUCAAUCUUCUGAACUGACUCUGAGGAAGUCAUCAACUAAAUUUCCCAAGUGUUAAAGUGUUCCUUUAAGAUGACCACCAUCUCACAAAUGAAGUGAGAAUAUUAAAACAAUAAGCAGCAUAUACAACUUGCUGCUAUUAGCAUGUAUGUGAGAUUGGUCAUCAUAAGUGAAUUAUUUCUUGUACUGUGUGUGCAAGUGUUUUAUGCAUACGGCUGUUGUGAUUGUACUCUUCUUUUUUCAUCUGACCUGGAAAAUUUGACAUGCACAUUUGCCUUAUGUUGGAUUCAUUUGUGGUCUUAAGUUCUUAAAAAACACAGGGACAGAUUAAUUCUGUGUUACAGUGUUCAAGUAAUGUCAAUUAAAUAAAAUGUUGUACAAUUUUCUUAUA